GGGUGUGUCCUUACUUUUGGUUCGUUGCUUUCUAUCUCUUCUCAGAUGGGGAGAGGAGGAAGGAGUGGCUCAAGAUGCAGUGGUAACCGACAUGUCCGUGUGAAAAGUAUGGAAUCCGAGGAUUCAGACGAGGACUAUGUGGCUGAAGCAGAUGAAGUAGAUGAUCAAUCUGAGGAAUUGGAUUCUUUGGUUGGAGAUGCUUCAGAAGAAGAAAGUCUCUUUGAGGGUGAGGAGGAGGAAGAUGACGAAGAUGGGGGCCAAUGGAGAAGAGAGGUAAAGCCAACAGCUGUGAAGAGAUCUGCAAGGGCUAGGAAGGGAUCUGCAAGACCAAGGAAGAAUGGUAUAAAGCGGCAAAACAAGAGACUGAAAGCAGACGAUCAGUCUGAUGAAUUGGAUUCUUUGGUUGGAGAUGCUUCAGAAGAAGAAAGUUUCUUUAAGGGGGAGGAGGAAGAAGAUGAAGAAGAUGAGGGCGAAUGGAGAAGAGAGGUAAAGUCAAAGACUUUGAAGAGAUCUGCAAGGGCUAGGAAGGGAUCUGCAAAACCUAGGGAGAACGGUGUAAAGGGCCAAAACAAGAGACGGAGAGCAGAUGAUCAGUCUGAUGAAUUGGAUUCUUUGGUUGGAGAUGCUUCAGAAGAAGAAAGUCUCUUUAAGGGGGAGGAGGAGGAAGAUGAAGAUGAAGAAGAUGAGGGUGAAUGGAGAAGAGUGGUAAAGCCAACGGCUGUGAAGGGGUCUGCAAGGGCAAGGAGGGGAUCUGCAAGACCUAGGAAGAACGGUAUAAAGAGGCCAAACAAGAGACGGAGAGUUAGGUCUGACAAUGACGAAGACUCUGAUGAUGAUGAUGAUGAUGAUGAUGAGUUUACACCAGAUGAGGAAUAUCUGGAGGAUGAGGAAGAAGAGGAGUUUUCAUUGCUGAAGACAACGACCAAGAAAAGAGGGAGGACCACAUUGAAGAAGAAAACUUCUAUUAGAAGUAGUAGAAAAGGAAGUGCAAAGGCUGUGAGGAAAGCUCAUACUAAGAAGCGUAAAAAUUCUAGCAGCUUGAGGAGGAGGACAAAAUCUGAUGGUGAUGAGGACUUCGGUGAAAGGGGUCCUACUCUGAGAGAUAGGAACAAGAAGAAAUCUGCGGGUAGAAAGAAAAGGGUGAUGGCUGGCUCAGAUUCAGAUGUUUGUUCUGACCCAUCUGACUAUGAAUUCACUAUAUCUGAGGAAGAACGGGAACAAGUUAGAGAAGCUAACAAGAUUUGCAGAAGCCUGGCUACAAACUUAAGGAGUUCAAGGAGAAUCCAAGAAGACGAAGUGUCGUAUGAGCCCAAGAAAACUCCCGUCAAGAAUGUCAGGAAGGGCAAAGAGAAGGCAGAGGAAAAAAAGAAUGAUGUCGGCAAGCCUGUUUGCGGUGUUUGUUUAACAGAAGAAGGAAAGAACACUGUUCGUGGGACACUAAACUGUUGUAGCCACUAUUUCUGCUUUGCUUGCAUUUUUGAGUGGUCAAAAGUGGAAACUCGUUGCCCACUAUGCAAGCAGAGGUUUGUCUCAAUCAGUAAGCCUGGAAGAUGUGGUAGAGGGUUUGAUUUAAGGGAUACAGUGAUACCAGUUCCAGAGCGUGAUCAGGUCUAUCAACCUUCUGAAGAGGAACUUCGAGGCUUCCUCAAUCCUUAUGAAAAUGUCAUUUGUACAGAGUGCCAUCAAGGUGGGGAUGACGCACUCAUGUUACUUUGUGAUCUCUGUGAUUCACCAGCCCACACAUACUGUGUUGGUCUUGGACGGGAAGUUCCUGAAGGCAAUUGGUAUUGUGAUGGUUGCAGACCAGCUGCGCUUGGGUCGUCCCUUUCUCAAAUUCAAGAUCUCACUCCUUAUCAAAGGACAAUUACUAGUGCUGAUUACGAGAACAUGGCAGAAAUAGACCUUAAUGUGACUAUUCCUGAAACGCCGAUUAGUCAAGGAAAUGGGUUCCUUUCUUCUCCGAGAUUCUCAAGUGGAAGUUUACAGGCACCAUCUCCUGUUUCUGGGAUGGGAGUAUCAACAGUAUCAGGAAGACGAAUGAUACACCGUCAAAUCCAUCAGAUACUCUAUACUAGAUUGAGUCAGUUUCCCCCUGGAGCUGAUAUAAGUGCUUUGGGCAAUCUGAUUGGUCGUGGGGUUAGUGGAACACAGCAACAGGGUACAACAACAGAUGUAGGGCCAUCUCAUCAUGCUCAAUAUGUAGAUAGGUUGCAGGAAAAUCCCUCUCAUAGUGUACAAAGUAGGGUUUCUUUUCCUGGAAGGCUGAGUCAUAUGGUGGGACAGAUAGGUCAGUCUUCAGCCUCUUCAAAUGCAUUGGCUCAUAGCCAAGUACAUUGGAGUGAGCCAGACAGGGUGAAUUUGGGUGGUGAUCAGAGUCAGAUAUCGGCCAGUGAACAACUUCACCCUUGCACUGGUAGGUUAAGCAUUGGGCCUGAAAUUGGUGUAUCUCCCCCUCACAAUAGGCACGAGGAACAUGCAGAUUUUGUGAAACAACGAGUACAUACAGUGGUGAGGAGCCAACUGAAGAGCUUAUCCCGAGACAUGAGCUUAAGUCACAAUGAUUAUGUAGAAAUCUUGAGGAGAUCUGCACACACCAUUAUGGCAGCGUAUGGGAUGGAGGUUCAAAGGCACGACACAUAUGAAGCACAACCGCCAACUUGUUCCCAUCACGAGAGUAGGUUGGCGAAUGUAGAGACCAGUCCUGUGAAUGGUUGUUGCUUAGUAUGUUUUGAGGGUUUUGUGAAGGAUAUUGUGAAGAGGUUCUUGGAGAUAAUAGUUCAACCUCAUCGGUUUGGUUUUAGACAUUAGUGCAUAGAUACUUGGGACAUUUUUUUAAGAACAUUUCCUUUCUUUGACCAGUGUCCCCUUAUUUUUUUUACUUAGCUUAGGAUGCUAAUUGUCUCUUCCAUGUUUGUAGGAACAAUUGUCACUAAUUACAUCAAAGAUUUUUCCUUA